UUCUCUCUUCUUCCCCCAAAUAAAUUUCUCCAAAAAUAUUAAAAACCCAAAUAUAUAUAUAUUUUCCGCGAGCUCUUCUUCUCUUCGAUCGAUCAAAGCAUGGACGAACUAGAAUCAGAUAAACACGUGAAGUACAUCCUCUCAAUCGAAAAGAAAAAGGAUGAUGUCGAAGCUCUACUAAUGGAGCACUUAAGGAUAAACGGAGCUUAUUGGGGUUUAACGACUUUGGACAUUCUCCACAAGAUCUCGGCAGUUGAUCCUGAGGAGGUGAUCUCAUGGGUGAUGAAGUGUUAUCAUGAAGAUUGUGGUGGCUUUGGUGGGAAUAUUGGGCACGAUCCUCACCUUUUGUACACGCUUAGUGCUGUUCAGAUUUUAGCUCUUUUUGAUCGGAUUGAUGUUUUGGAUGCUGAAAAGGCACCUAAAGGGACUUGUCUCAAUGUGGUCUUGAAAUUUGUUCAAGAGGAUGCGAUAUUUUUCAACGUACUGCAAUUAGCCAAACGAAAAUCAAGAUUCAUUAUCAGUUCCUUUCUUUUGUUAUUCUUAAUUCAUGAGCUAGAUGUUGCUGGUCUUCAAAAUGAAGAUGGAUCUUUCUCUGGGGAUAUGUGGGGUGAAAUUGACACGAGGUUCUCUUACUGUGCAAUUUGUUGCCUUUCGAUAUUACACUGUCUCAAUAAGAUAAAUGUGGAAAAGGCUGUGAAUUAUAUUGUGAGCUGCAAAAAUUUAGAUGGUGGAUUUGGGUGUACACCUGGAGGAGAAUCUCAUGCUGGACAAAUCUUCUGUUGUAUUGGUGCCCUUGCGAUAACGGGAUCGCUGCAUCAUGUAGACAGAGACCUUCUUGGUUGGUGGCUAUGUGAGCGUCAAUGUAAAAAUGGAGGACUAAAUGGGCGUCCUGAGAAAGAUGCAGAUGUCUGUUAUUCGUGGUGGGUACUUUCAAGCCUAAUUAUGAUUGAUCGAGUGCAUUGGAUUGAUAAGGAUAAGCUUACAAGAUUCAUCUUAAACUGCCAGGAUAAAGAGAAUGGAGGUAUUUCAGAUAAGCCCAAUUAUGCUGUUGAUGUUUUUCAUACCUACUUUGGUGUAGCAGGACUUUCACUUAUGGAAUAUCCGGGAUUGAAGUCUAUUGAUCCUGCUUAUGCAUUACCCGUGGAUGUGGUGAAUAGGAUUUUCUUUGGGAAGCUGAUUGGUGAUCAAAGUUCUUCUAAAGUGCUGUGAACGGUAACUGCGUUGGCUGGUCACUGCUAUUAUGCUAUGCAGUAUCUGAUUGUG